AUGGGACAGUCUUUGCAAAAGUUUGAUUUCGUGUCUCGUUGUUAUCGGGCGGUUCGUGUCUUGGCUGCUGAACUUACAAGCACUCAAAAUAUAUAUCCUGCUGGAAGCGCAUAUAUGUGGCAAAAACUACUCUUGGAUGAAAGUCCUACCGCACUGCGUUCUUUUGGUUUCACACAUUUUUUCCUCAUGGAGGCGGAUACUCGGCCCAUUCGUGCAAAUUGGUUGGACGCCAUAAUCAAUCAAAUCACACAAGGACAUCCUGACCUAAACUAUUUUUCCACAGAUUGGUGGAUGUUGGGCUCGAUCUAUCGUGGUACAAUGCCAAUUAAUUUACAUUUUCUACAUAUUAAUGGAAAUGCCAUCUAUCAUCUAUCGUCAUCCUUCCUGGAGUAUUUAAAAACUGUUUGGGAAGCUAUUCCAUUCAAUUCUAACCGUACCCUAGGCUAUGAUCUGGAUAUUUUCAAUUUCUUCUUCUCUGUGGAUACACAAGAUCAAUUUCAGUUAACCAAGCGGGUCUGGCAUAAGUUUCGCUUCUCCGAAUUUAUUCAAAACUGUUGGCGGACAGGUUGCUCGGACUGGGAAAUCAGCCCUUCAACAUACAUUAUUCAUGGUGGUGUCAAAUCUUGA